AUGCCGACCGUCAUCAGUCCGUCCGUGGCCCCCCGGACAGGGGCUGAGCCCAAGUCUCCAAGACCUGUUCCCUGCCCAGUCGAGAACAAGACCACCGAGGCUGGCGGGGGUAACCCAAGCGGUAUCUACUCAGCCAUAAUCAGCCGCAAUUUUCCUAUCAUCGGAGUGAAAGAGAAGACAUUUGAGCAGCUCCACAAGAAAUGUCUCGAUAAGAAGGUUCUGUAUUUGGAUCCUGAGUUCCCCCCAGAUGAAACCUCUCUCUUUUAUAGCCAGAAGUUCCCCAUCCAGUUUGUCUGGAAGAGACCUCCGGAGAUUUGUGAGAAUCCCCGGUUUAUCAUUGAUGGAGCCAACAGAACUGACAUCUGCCAAGGAGAUCUAGGGGACUGCUGGUUCCUCGCAGCCAUCGCCUGCCUGACCCUGAACGAGCACCUGCUUUUCCGCGUCAUACCCCAUGACCAGAGUUUCACUGAGAACUAUGCAGGCAUCUUCCACUUCCAGUUCUGGCGCUAUGGAUACUGGGUGGACGUGGUUAUCGAUGACUGUCUGCCAACUUACAACAAUCAGCUGGUCUUCACCAAAUCCAACCACCGCAAUGAGUUCUGGAGUGCUCUCCUGGAGAAAGCUUAUGCAAAACUCCAUGGUUCCUAUGAAGCUCUGAAAGGUGGAAACACUACAGAGGCCAUGGAGGACUUCACAGGAGGGGUGACAGAGUUUUUUGAGAUCAAGGAUGCCCCCAGAGACAUGUACAAGAUCAUGAGGAAAGCCAUCGAGAGAGGCUCCCUUAUGGGCUGCUCCAUUGAUGAUGGCACCAACAUGACCUAUGGAACUUCUCCCUCUGGGCUGAAAAUGGGAGAGUUGAUUGCGCGGAUGGUGAGGAAUAUGGAUAAUGCACAACUUGGAGACUCAGACCUCCUCCCAGAUGACAGAGCUACACGGACAGUUGUUCCGGUUCAGUAUGAGACAAGAAUGGCCUCUGGCCUUGUGAAAGGUCAUGCAUACUCAGUGACGGGGCUGGACGAGACUCUGUUCAAGGAUGAGAAAGUGAAACUGGUGCGUCUGCGGAACCCCUGGGGCCAGGUGGAGUGGAACGGUGCCUGGAGCGAUGGUUGGAACGACUGGAGCUUUGUGGACAAAGAAGAGAAGGCGCGUUUGCAGCACCUGGUUACUGAGGAUGGCGAGUUCUGGAUGUCCUACGAUGAUUUCAUCUACCAUUUCACAAAACUGGAGAUCUGCAACCUCACAGCCGACGCCCUGGAGUCUGACAACCUCCAGACCUGGACAGUGUCUGUGAAUGAGGGCCGCUGGGUGCGGGGCUGCUCCGCUGGGGGCUGCCGCAACUUCCCAGACACUUUCUGGACCAACCCCCAGUACCGCCUGAAGCUGCUGGAGGAAGACGACGACCCUGAGGACUCUGAGGUGAUCUGCAGCUUCCUAGUGGCCCUGAUGCAAAAGAACCGGCGCAAGGACCGCAAGCUAGGGGCCAAUCUCUUCACCAUUGGCUUCGCCAUCUAUGAGGUCCCCAAAGAGAUGCAUGGGAACAGGCAGCACCUGCAGAAGGAUUUUUUCCUGUACAAUGCCUCCAAGGCCCGCAGCAGAACCUACAUCAACAUGCGGGAAGUGUCGGAGCGCUUCCGCCUGCCUCCCAGCGAGUACGUCAUCGUGCCCUCCACCUACGAGCCCCACCAGGAGGGAGAGUUCAUUCUCCGGGUCUUCUCAGAGAAGAGGAACCUUUCUGAGGAUGUUGAAAACACUAUCUCCGUGGACCGUCCAGUGAAAAAGAAGAAAGCCAAGCCCAUCAUCUUCGUUUCGGACAGAGCAAACAGCAACAAGGAACUGGACACAGAGGAGGGCAAAGACAAAACAAGCCCCGAUAAACAAGAGAAAUCCCCACAGAUGCGACCUGAUAGCUCUGAACAGGAGAGUGACGAGCAACAGCAGUUCCAGAACAUCUUCCGGCAGAUUGCAGGGGAGGACAUGGAGAUCUGUGCCGAUGAGCUCAAGAACGUCCUUAACACUGUGGUGAACAAACAUAAAGACCUGAAGACGCUGGGCUUCACUCUGGAGUCGUGCCGCAGCAUGAUUGCGCUCAUGGAUACGGAUGGCUCUGGGAGACUGAAUCUGCAAGAGUUCCAUCACCUCUGGAACAAGAUUAAGGCCUGGCAGAAAAUUUUCAAAUGCUAUGACACAGACCAUUCUGGCACCAUCAACAGCUAUGAGAUGCGCAAUGCAGUCAAUGAUGCAGGGUUCCACCUCAACAGCCAGCUCUACGACAUCAUCACCAUGCGGUAUGCGGAUAAACAAAUGAACAUCGACUUCGACAGCUUCAUCUGCUGCUUUGUCAGGCUGGAGGGCAUGUUCAGAGCCUUCAAUGCAUUUGACAAGGAUGGAGACGGGAUCAUCAAACUCAACGUUUUAGAGUGGCUGCAACUCACCAUGUAUGCCUGA